UGUUGUAGAACAUAAGAAUAUAAAUUUAAAUAAAAACAAAAACCAAAACAAAAAAAAUCACAUAAGCAAAAAUGCAGAAACAUUUAAGAAAACAAAAACCGAAAAAUCCCCCACUGCACAUUGUAGGUCCUGACAAAGGAUAGCGUAACUGUUUCGGUGGAUGCAGUGGUUUAUUAUCGCGUUUCCAAUGCGACAGUUUCUAUAGCGAACGUGGAGAACGCUCACCAUUCCACUAGACUGUUGGCACAGACUACUCUACGAAACACAAUGGGAACUCGGCAUUUGCAUGAGAUACUUAGCGAACGGAUGACUAUUUCUGGCACUAUGCAGGUUCAAUUGGAUGAGGCUACCGACGCCUGGGGCAUUAAAGUUGAACGUGUUGAGAUUAAGGAUGUGCGUUUGCCAGUACAAUUGCAACGUGCUAUGGCGGCUGAAGCUGAGGCAGCUCGUGAAGCCCGCGCUAAAGUUAUUGCAGCUGAAGGUGAACAAAAGGCUUCCCGUGCAUUACGUGAGGCUUCCGAAGUUAUUGGCGACUCUCCAGCUGCUCUACAAUUACGUUACUUACAGACCCUUAACACAAUAUCUGCUGAAAAGAAUUCGACCAUCGUUUUCCCACUACCGAUCGAUUUGAUAACAUAUUUCUUGAAAACCAAUGAUGCCACCACACAACAAAAUGCUGCACAAGCCGCAGCCGCGGUACAAGCUGCUCAACAACAACAACAAACCGCAUCGAUGUAAAUUAAUGGGAACGGGACAAUUCCGCAACAAUAGAUAAAACACACUUUCUACACUAAAAACAACAAUAAAUGGAUUAAAACAAAAAUAGACAGAGGAAAGUAUAAUAGAAAACAGUUGUAUAAUUACUAAAACAAAAACAAAGAAAUAAAAUUAAAGAUUAAAGUGAAAUAACAUAUAUAUGAAUUAUGUACACAUGUUCUAAAUAGAAACCAUCUAUGCUGGAUCUGUGAAUUAAAGUAGAAGAAAAAAAAAAUUAAAUAAAGAAAAUAGCGAAUUAAAUAAAAUAUAAAUAAUUACAAUUUUUUGCGAGUAGAAAACGAUUUGAUUAGUUAGAAUGAAUUUUAAUUAUUAAAACGAAAAAUUAAAUUUUGAAUCGUUGCCACAUAUUUUCAU